GCUCCCUUCCAGGGAGGCAGCCAGAAGUGAGCGGAGCGUGCCUUCCCUACUCCUCCCUCUCCUCUCCGUGGAGAUGCCCACAGGUGUCCGUGGCGGCUCCGGAGGUAUCUUUGAAGGCAAAGCGUGACCACGGGUGGCUAACGCCUAUUUGCAUGAGAACAGCUCCCUGGAGGAACCUGGACAGGAAAGAUACCUCCCCGCGGCAAGCUUCUCUCCUUUGUUUUGACGGCUUCUCCAUCUCUCGUGCUUGCACUGUGUGCCGCUACAGCUACCGCCGCGGAGGAGAAGACCCCGGCAAAAAGAACCCACCCUUUCACUCCGUUCUUCCUGCCUCCUUUCCCACCGGCUCUUGAGCUUUCCUCUGCCUUUGCCAGCGGCCAGUGCACAAAGCUUUGUUUUCCAGCCUUCCAAGGGAGCCCCGUGUCUGAGGAAGAUGGAGCAAGCUGCUGAUCGGACUGAGUAGGAGAGGAUCCAUGGCAGCGGCGGAAUGACAGUGGACGACCGUCUCUCUGGCUCCUUCAUUUCCCACCCCCAGCUGGUGGCAGCUUUAGAAACUUGGGCGUGUGUGGCACGCUUCGUCGCUUCGGAUUCCGCUUCGUGCCGCACGGUAGCCCCUUCUAUUGUCCGGACUCUGGAAUCCGGGCUUGGUACACCCUUGCCCCGGUGACCCGUGUGUGUGGAUACAUAUAUUUAUCCCCCUCCCCGGUCCCUGUGCUGGUUAUUUAUUUAUUUAUUUAUUGUGGGCUGUGUGUGUGUGUGAGAGAGAGAGAGGGUGAGGAAAAUAGCUCUCUGGAAAGGACUGGCAUGGCAGAGCGGCGUGAGGAGAAGGUGGCAGUGUGUUCCGCUCGUCCCCGUUGAUGCCAAACUGGCAGAUCUGGUGUGGCUCAGGAUCUGUCCCUCGUAGCCUCUCCCCAGAGGAGGGGGCCGAGGCGGGGGGAGCGUGUGGAUCAGCAAGAGGAGCUGUUGGCUGCUGCUCCCAAAGAAAGCACAGCUGAGCUUCCAACGGACUUUGGCAUCCCUUUGAACGGGGAAGGGGAGAAGACCGAUUUUGGCCUCCACGGUUUUGGACUCCAAGAUGCCAGGAGAAUCCGUCCGCUAGCUCCCCGGAUUAAGUUUGGGGGUGACAGGCAGGGGUCUGUUUCUCUCUCUCUCCUGCAUUCCUCUCUCCCGUAGCCCCAGAACACGUGGGCCGAAGAAACUCUCACUCCAGGACUGAAGACCACCCGGCAACCGGCGGAUUCAUCAAGUGAGCCACGCCUUUCGAGAGCUCCCGGAGACUCGAUGAGCGCCUGCCACUCUCGUCGGAUCGGCCUCCUCCCGGCUCGUUUUUCUUCACAGUGACAUCUUCUUCCUCCUCUGAGGAAGGCAUGUCCUCGGAUCAGGAUCUAUUGUCCCUGGUUCCCCCGGUGGUUGGAUGGAGUUAUCUCCAGCAACGUGGUCUCCGACCUGAUUUGGUGGCAGAUCUGGCUGGCCUUCCAGGAGACCUUUCCGGAUUUCCUUCUUUGGGGCUGUAUUCUUGGUCGUGUCGAGAUGGGGCUUGACUGGUUCUGAGGGGAGAGUCCUAGCCGAAGCGGAGAAGCUGCCAGUCCCUGUGGCAAGUCAUUCCGGAGCCCCCCGUGAUUUUGGAUUACAACCUCAAGAUGGCUGCCGGGACGUCCGGUUCGUCUCCCUGAAUGCGAGCCAGCCCAAGGAUGGUGGCCCCCGAGGACACUUAGCCACACGGGCCGCCAUUUUGGAAUUGGGCGCAGCGCCAUUUUGGAGCCUGGCAGGGUGGGCGGGAGUUCCUUCCCAUCGUCCUGUGCAACCGCCACCCUGGCUCUCCCGCUGGGGGCGUGGGCCCCAGUGAGCGGUAUGACCGCCUGCCAGUAUCCCAUGGGGCCAGGCUCCUUGGAGCGGGACCGGAUGUACCAGCACAAGGUCUCCUUGGUCGUCCGAUACUUCAUGAUCCCCUGCAACAUCUGUCUUAUCCUCUUGGCAACCUCUACGCUGGGAUUUGCCGUCUUACUGUUUCUCAACAACUACAAACCGGGCAACUACUUUCCACAGCCACUGCCGACACCUCAGGAUGUGUGUCGAGGAAUGCUGUGUGGAUUUGGCGCCGUGUGUGAGAAGAACCCGGCAGACUCCUCCCAGGGGGUCUGCAAGUGCAAGAAGACGACGUGCCCUUCGGUGGUGGCCCCCGUCUGCGGAUCCGAUUAUUCUACCUACAGCAACGAGUGCGAGCUGGAGAAGGCUCAGUGCAAUCAGCAGCGGAGGAUCAAAGUCAUCAGCAAAGGGGCGUGUGGUUCAAAGGAUCCCUGUGCAGAGGUGACUUGCAGCUUUGGCAGCACUUGUGCCCGCUCCACCGAUGGGCAGUCAGCCAAGUGCAUCUGCCCGUCCUCCUGCAGCGGCGUGUCAGAGAACACCGUGUGUGGCAGCGACGGCAAAGAUUACCGCAGCGAAUGUCACCUCAACAGGCACGCCUGUGACAAGCAAGAGAACAUCUUCAAGAAGUUUGAUGGGCCUUGUGACCCCUGCAAGAGCACCCACAAUGACUUGAACCGAGUCUGCCGGGUCAACCCUCGCAGCCGGAGGGCUGAACUGUUGCCCCGGCCCGAGGGCUGCCCCUCCAAGCGGGAUCCCGUGUGCGGCGACGACGGAGUGACCUACGAGAAUGAGUGUGUCAUGGUGAGGUCCGGUGCCAUUCGGGGGAUUGAGAUUCAGAAAGUGCGCUCAGGACAGUGCCAGUUUCAAGACAAGUGCAGGGACGGCUGUCACUUCAACGGCGUCUGCUUCAACCGCCGGGGGACGGCCCGCUGCUCCUGUGAGCGCGUCGCCUGCGACGGCGCCUACCGGCCCCUCUGCGGCCGGGACAGCCGGACCUACGCCAACAACUGCGAGCACCAGAAGGCCGAGUGCCAGCAGCGAUCAGCCAUCCCGGUCAAACACCAAGGCCCUUGUGAUCUCGGGAUGCCCAGCCCCUGCCUGAGUGUCGAGUGCUCUUUCGGGUCCACCUGUGUGGUGAAGAACCAGGAGGCCGUCUGUGAAUGCCAGCAAGUGUGCCAAACCAUCUACGACCCUGUCUGCGGCAGCGACAAUCGGACUUACGGCAACCCCUGUGAGCUGGAUGCCAUGGCUUGUGCCCUCCGGAAAGAGAUCCGGGUGAAGCACAAAGGCCCUUGCGACCACUGUGGAAAGUGUCAGUUCGGGGCCAUCUGCGAGGCCGAGACGGGGAGGUGCGUGUGCCCCACCGAAUGCGUCCCUUCCUCCCAGUCGGUCUGCGGCACGGACGGGAACACCUACGGCAACGCCUGCGAGCUCCACGUGCGCGCCUGCAAGCUGCAGCUCGAGAUAGACGUGGCAGCACAAGGAGACUGUAAAACCUGUGGGAAUGCCGUGUGCUCCUUUGGGGCAAAAUGCGUGGGCGGGCAGUGUAAAUGCCCGCCCUGCGAGAAGCAGCCUCUGGCCCGCAUGUGCGGCAGCGACGGAGUCACCUACGACAACGCGUGCGAACUGCGGCUGGCGGCUUGCCGGGAGAAGAAGGAGGUUGCGGUUUCUCGGGCAGGGCCUUGUGACGACGAUUGUGGAUCUGGUGGAUCUGGCUCCGGGGACUCUAACGAGUGUGACCGGGACAGCUGCCGGCAGUAUGGUGGCUCUUGGGAUGAGGAUGUAGAAGACGACCGCUGUGUGUGUGACUUUACCUGUGGGGCUGUGCCAAGGAACCUGGUGUGCGCCUCUGACGGAGCAACCUAUGCCAACGAGUGUGAGCUCAAAAAGAUCCGCUGUGAGAAGCGCCAGGAUAUUUAUGUGGUCAGUCCGGGCGCCUGCCGAGGAGUCGCAAACACUCCGCCUCUGCCUGAUGUCCUCCACUGCAGUCAGACGGUGUAUGGGUGCUGUCCAGACAACGUGACCUUGGCUCUUGGAGUCGGCUCUGCUGGGUGCCCCAGUACCUGCCACUGCAACCCCUACGGCUCCUACGGAGGGGGAUGUGAUGCCGCCACGGGGCAGUGCUCCUGCAAACCGGGCGUGGGGGGUCUGAAGUGUGACCGCUGCGAGCCAGGCUUCUGGAACUUCCGCGGGAUCGUCACCGACGGCAAGAGCGGCUGUACCCCCUGCCACUGUGAUGCUGUCGGCUCCGUGCGUGACGACUGUGAACAGAUGACCGGGUUGUGUUCCUGCAAGCCGGGCAUCACGGGGAUGAAGUGCAACCUGUGCCCCAAUGGCAGCAAGCUGGGAAUGAGUGCCUGUGAGAAAGAUCCAUCUAUGCCCUCAUCCUGCGCCGAAAUGGUGUGUGAAUUUGGGGCAUCGUGCGUGGAAGUGAACGGCUUUGCUCAUUGCGAGUGUCCCCCUCUAAUCUGCACAGAGUCCAACACAACUAAGGUCUGCGGCUCUGACGGAGUGACCUACGGAGACCAGUGCCAGCUGAGGACCAUUGCUUGCCGCCAAGGGCAGGUCAUCGAGGUGGUGCACUUGGGUCAAUGCCAGGAAUCCAUCACACCGCCAGCCACCAGCCAGCCCAUAGACUCUCUUCAGCCCCCUCCGCCCCCCAGGACCACCCCCCAGGCUUCUGAGCUGGCCAAGACGGUGGCCAGCUCGCGCCACGUCGAAGUCAAGGCCUCCCCGGCCACGAGGCGGAUCACCACGGCCCGCACGGCCACCACCGCCUGGACCACCCACAGCAUCCGCCAGACCACGGUCCGUCCCCUCUCCACAGUUCCCCUGGUUUCGAGUACCUCUCAGCCCGCUUUUGUCGAAUCGGGCAGCGCGGAAGGCAGCGGCGACCAGGAAAUGGGCAGCAGCGGGGACCAGGAAGGCAGCGGGGUCAGCUCGGCCGGGGACGAGGAGACAGAUGAGCUGAAUAUGACCGGCACCCCAGUUAUAGAGAGAGCCUCCUGUUACAAUACCCCCUUGGGUUGUUGCUCAGACGGAAAGACGGCCGCGGCCGACACCGAGGGAACCAACUGUCCAGCAACGAAGGUCUUCCAGGGAGUUCUGAUCCUGGAGGAGGUAGAAGGCCAGGAGCUCUUCUACACCCCCGAGAUGGCCGACCCCAAAUCGGAGCUCUUUGGGGAGACCGCCCGGAGCAUUGAAAGUGCGUUGGACGAACUUUUCCGCAACUCCGACGUCAAGAAGGAUUUCAAGAGCAUCCGGGUGCGAGACCUAGGCCAGAGCAAUGCCGUGCGUGUCAUUGUGGAGUCCCACUUCGACCCAGCCACCGCCUACACAGCCGCGGAGAUCCAGAGGGCCCUCCUGAAGCAGAUCAAAGCCUCUCGGAAAAAGACCGUCCUGGUGAAAAAGCCUCAACAGGAGAACAUCAAAUUUAUGGACUUUGACUGGAUCCCUCAGCUCUUCACCACCACAACCACCACCACAACGGCCACCACAAUGGCGCCAGCCGCAGCCACCACUCACCGCUUCAUCACUACUGCCGCACCCCGCGGCGUGUACCCAGGGAAGCCCAGCGGGAAAGUAGUUGGGGCAGUCAGCACCAAGAGACCGGCUACCACUGGGCCAGCUACCACCCCCCGGAAGAAGCCCAUGAGGCAACCCCCAGCCACCAGGAAACCGGCACGGCCAUGCGAGUCUCACCCUUGUCUGCACGGUGGGACGUGUGAAGAUGACGGCCAGGACUUCACCUGCAGCUGCCCGGCUGGCAAAGGAGGAGCUGUUUGUGAAAAAUCCAUCAGGUACUUCAUUCCCAGCUUCGGGGGGAAAUCCUACCUGGCGUUCAAGAUGAUGAAGGCCUACCACACGGUCCGCAUCGCCAUGGAGUUCCGGGCCUCCGACCUCAGCGGCUUGCUCUUGUACGACGGGCAGAACCGCGGCAAGGAUUUCAUCUCCCUGGCGCUGGUCAACGGCUUUGUGGAGCUCAGGUUCAACACCGGCUCGGGGACUGGCGUGAUCACCAGCAGGGUGCCGGUGGAGCCCGGAAGGUGGCACCAGUUGGUGGUCAACCGGAACCGGAGGAGCGGCAUGCUGUCUGUGGAUGGGGAGCCCCACGUCAAUGGGGAGAGCCCGAGCGGCACCGACGGACUGAACCUCGACACCGACCUCUUCGUCGGAGGAGCGCCGGAAGACCAAAUCGCCGCGGUGGCCGAGCGCACCUCCGUCACGGCCGGCCUCAAGGGCUGCAUCCGUCUGCUGGACGUCAACAACCAGAUGUACGACCUGCGGGAGAAGGGCAGCGACGUCCUGUACGGCAGCGGGGUGGGCGAGUGUGGCAACAACCCUUGCCACCCCAAUCCUUGCCACCACGGUGGCCUCUGCCACGUCAAAGAGGCGGAGAUGUUUCACUGUCAGUGCCUCAAUGGAUAUACAGGUCCCACCUGCGCUGACGAGAGGAACCCCUGUGACCCCAACCCGUGUCACGUCUCCGCCACCUGUUUGGUGCUCCCGGAAGGUGGCUCCAAGUGCGAAUGUCCCAUGGGACGGGAGGGAGAGUUCUGCGAGUCAGUCACAGAACUGGACCAGACGGUACCUUUCCUGCCGGAGUUUAACGGAUUCUCCUACCUGGAGCUGAACGGCCUACAGACCUUUGCCCCGGAACUCCAGGACAAGAUGAACAUGGAAGUCGUGUUCCUGGCGAAGAACCCGAGUGGCAUGAUCUUCUACAACGGGCAGAAGACGGACGGCAAAGGGGACUUCAUCUCCCUGGCCCUGCAUGAUGGCUACCUGGAGUACAGAUACGACCUGGGCAAGGGGGCAGCCGUGAUCAGGAGCAAGGAGGCAAUCCCACUAAACACCUGGAUCAGCGUCUCUUUGGAGAGGAGUGCACGCAAAGGAGUGAUGAGGGUGAAUAGUGGCGAACGUAUCAUGGGGGAGUCCCCGCUGCCCCAUGCCUUCUUGAACCUAAAGGAGCCCCUGUAUGUUGGAGGCGCACCUGACUUCAGCAGAUUGGCCCGUGCUGCGGCCAUCUCGACCAGCUUUGACGGGGCCAUCCAGAAGAUUUCCAUAAAAGGCAUGCCGGUCCUGAAGGGAGAAAACAUCCGCAGUGCCAUUGAGAUCUCUACUUUCCGCUCCCAUCCGUGUACCCAGAAACCCGGGCCCUGCCUGAAUGGGGGGAUGUGUUCCCCCCGCAUGGAGACCUAUGAGUGUACUUGCCAGAGAGGCUUCUUUGGGGCACACUGUGAGAAAGUCAUCAUCGAGAAGGCAGCUGGAGACGCAGAGGCCGUGGCCUUUGAUGGCCGGACGUUCAUCGAGUACCACAAUGCUGUCACCCAGAGUCCUGAUGCUUUGGACUAUCCUCUGGAUAUCAGCGAGAAGGCCCUUCGGUCCAACCAUUUUGAGCUCAGCAUCAAGACGGAAGCCACACAAGGCCUGGUCCUCUGGAGCGGGAAGGGGCUGGACCGCUCGGACUACAUCGCCUUGGCAAUCGUGGACGGCCGCGUCCAGAUGACCUACGACCUCGGCUCCAAACCCGUGGUCUUGCGUUCGACGGUCCCGGUCAACACGAACCAGUGGAUCCAGAUCAAAGCAUUCAGAGUGCAUCGAGACGGCUCCCUGCAGGUUGGCAACGAAGCCCCCAUCACGGGCUCUUCCCCUCUUGGAGCGACACAGCUAGACACAGACGGAGCACUUUGGCUGGGAGGCCUCGAGAAGCUCACCGUGGCCCACAAGCUCCCCAAAGCCUACAGCACCGGUUAUGUCGGCUGCAUACGAGACGUCGUCGUCGACCGUCAGGAACUGCAUCUGGUGGAAGACGCUUUAAACAACCCCACCAUAUUGCACUGCUCAGCCAAAUAGUUUAACCAACCAACCAACAGUCCCCCCCGGCCCCCUUCCUCCUCGUGCUUCUCCCCUCCUCUCUCCCCUCCUCUCUCCCCUCCUCUUCCUCCGGCCUAUUGCUGUAAUUAUUUUCUAUUUUUGUAAACUUAUUGCUUUUUAUAUUUUUGUGGGGAAGGGGAGGGGAGGGGAAAGCAGGGCGAAGAAGAGGAGGACGGAGAGAAAACUUCGGAGGGGACAUCUUUAUUUUCGGGGACACGUUCUGCCCCAGCGUUUUUCUCCCCCCAAGCCAGUGGGACUCUUUACAUAGGAGACAAGUCUCCGUCAAAACCGAGAAAAAACUUCAGGAUUCCAAGGAACAAACAAACUCCCCUCCCUUUUUUUUUUUUAAAAAAGUCAACCACUGCUGUACAUUUCAUUCAUACUUGAAACAACUUUGUUUUGAGUUUGUUUGUUUUCCCCACCCUUUAAUUGGUUUUUGGCUGACAAGGAGAAAUGUGCAGAGAUGUCCAACCUGGAGCCCCUUGAGGAUGCACAAGGGAGUCUGCGUGAGCAGUGAGUGGCGGUGUGAGGACGGCUUAGGGCCGAAGGAGGCGUGGCGGAUACCAGCGUUGGGACCCUCCAGCAAAGCGGACCCUUGAGGAGGAGAUCGGAGAAAGAUGGACACAAACGUUCAGACAAAACCCCUGCCCGGUCUCUGCUGCGCCGUUAGUCUUAACUAGACUUGUGUUUCUUUUCUACUCGCCGUUCAAAAUGCUGGAUAACUCUCUCUCUCUCUCUCUCUCUCUCUCAAUCUCAAUCUCAAUCUCAAUCUCAAUCUCAAUCUCUCUCUCUUUGACAUCCUUCCAUAUCUAGAACUGGGGAGUUCUGCUCUCUGCGCGCUGUUUUAAAAAAUGGCUCCAGGCUGUUAACCUGAUGGGAUGCAGAAAGCGCGAUCUGGCAUAGAUCGCCCGGCUAAGGGAGAGGGCAGAGGCCGCCAUGUCCCUCAGUAGCACCGGAGGACGGCGACGCUACCUUUGCGCUGUACGGCGAACCGUCUUAAGGUGGUGUUUCUCGCUCCCAUUCUCCGCUGACCUCUGGGAGAGUGGCACCGUCUCCGGAAACCUUCCCGACAGAGCUGGGCAUCACCCUCUCGCGUUGGGUUCCUCUUCAACUUAGUUGGGUUCCUCUUCUCCGCAGGAUCGUGGGGCUGUUGCUCUGUGGGGGGAAGGACCCCCUUGGUGGCCCAGAGGGGUUAGGGUCCUGGAGAGGUGUCCCUUGUAAAGACCCAGGGCAAAGCUUUGGAAGGGCAACGUUUUAACGCUUUCAAGUGGUCCGCGGCCCCGGCGGUGCUUGUAGCUCGUAAGCCGAAUCCAUCAUGGCAGAAGCAGAGUGUUGACCCAGGUCAAGGAGUGCCAUUCUUUAUGCCGGCUUCUCCUCGGAUCUCUGUGGUGCUCUUCUCCGCGGGAGGUUUCUGGCCACCCUGACCCAGCUGUUCUGAGCCGGUGGCCAGCCCACGGAACUGUGACUGGUGUUAAAAAAUAUUCUGCUUCGGUGGUGUGCAUGCCCAAAGUGAAUGGAGAGGGACCGUGCCCCGCCGAAACCUAUCCGGAACGUUCCGGAAGGUCCUGGUCCGGGGGGCACUAAGGACGGACCGCGGCCCACGGACCUGUCUGGGAUGCUCCGGAAGGCCCUGCAUGUGUCGUCUCUCUCUGGGCUGCAGGGCGUUGCAGACGGGCCGUUUUCUGCAGAGCUGUCUCGAACUGUCCGGAAGGUUCCAAAGGAGCGAACCUCGGAGACGUGGCGCUUUUGGGAGCCUGGGGCAGACAUGGAAAUGGCGCCCUCCCCUUUGGUGGUAAAACAGUGUAAUAAAAAUCUAAAGAACUGA